UCACUCUACUCGGGAGAGGACUGCUCCUUGGAGCCGAAAUGAAUAAAGUUAGCAGCCCUACAUAAUAUGCUGAUGGCAUUCUGCGCUGCAUCGGGAUCGAUACAUGAAGAGAGUGUGAUGCCUGGAAAUCUCCUCUCUGAUUCUCCUGAAAUGGCAUCUGAAGGCUCUCCAAAGCACACACGUGGGAGCAUGGAGAGGGGUGGCAGUGCAGAGAAUCGUGGCAGCCAAGCUAAGGGCAGAAAUCUUGCCUUGGAUGAUGAGAGUCUGAAAUACUUAACUCAUGAAGUGCAGGAUGUCCUCAUGUUCUUUGAGGAAACCAUAGAUGCCUUAGAAGAUGACUUGGAGGAGACGGUCCUACGUGACAGUGGCAUCCACUGUCAGUCUCCACGAUCAACGGAAGAAACUGUGUCCUGUCAUUCAGAGACUGAAGAUAUCAUUGACUUAGUACAGUCCACACCUGAGAGUAGUGACCAUGAAGGCCCUCCUAGUGGAGAUACAGAACCAGGUAUGUUGGAUGCUACCAGGAGAACUGAGAGCCCGAAGCCAGCUGUACCUGCUGACCUUCCCCCACCUCCCCCUGUACCACCACCACUGAUGCCCGAGACCCCUCCGCUACCUCCUCCACCCCCUCCUCCAGUGCAGCAUCCCAAAUUGCUUCGUUCCAUCCCCACCCCGCUCAUCAUGGCCCAGAAGAUGUCUGAGCAGCAGGCGGAGAACAGGGCACGCUUCCCCAGCGCCCUCAAGGAAGGGAAUUCGGACAGGAAGAAAACCCCAGUAGCCAACGGUGAUUAUUCUGUGGCUCCAAAGCACCCUCCUGCCCCUGCACCCAAACUGCAUCGGUUCCCCAGCAACAUCAACAUAACAAAUGUCAGUGGCAAAGAAUUCAAUGAGACUAUUUCCAAAGCAGCAGUUAACGUCCAGGAGCGGAGAGCUCAGGUGCUGGCCAACAUCAAUGGAGGAGCUCUUCUGGCAGCUGAACUGGAGGAGAAGCUGCAGAAGAAUGAUUUCUUGUCACGUAACAGAAGUUCAUCCUUAAGGGAUCUCUCCUCUGAGCAAACACGAUACGAGGCCCUGACAAAACUUGGCCUAGUUAAGGGAAAGACAGCUCAGGACCAAGUGGACCAUGCGCCAGGCACUCAGCGGCUUGAUGUGCAGCCCAAACAGGCAGAUGUUGUUCCCAAUGGAUAUCAAAACAUCCAUGAGGUCUUAAAAAGCGAGCCCAGCCCUUUCCUUCCUAUGGGCAAAACUGUAACAAUCAAACCAGAGGUAGCUCUUGCUGCUAACAAGGUCAGCAGCACACAGCAGAACACAGCAAAAAGCUGUAAUGAUUAUAAGCAGCCUAGUCUAAACCUGGAUAUGAGGAGGAGGUCGGGUUCACUGCCUCGACCCUCAGGAUUUCGAUCCCAAGGAAUAACGGUGAAGUUUUCCGGCCGUGGCUCAACAGAAGAAGCGAGGAGAGAGGCACUUCGGAAACUGGGACUGCUGAAAGAGACUGCAUAAUCCAGAUGGGAAUGUUGUGGCAACAGGGGAAAGUCAUGGCGUGGCUUUGUGCUAGAGAAGUCCCAAGAGGACUGGGAUCCAUUUGGAAUAAGGAAGGGGAAGUUCUCUGCCUCAGGCAAGCUAAAGAGGUACUAGACACUGUGGAAUGACCACUUGUGUUUAUCCCAGAAGGACUGGCACCAUGUAUAGUCAUCUACAGCAGAGGGUUUCAGCUCUCCUUUCUACAGAGAUUCUCAUCUCUUGCUCUUUGUGACUAAGAGGAACUGUAUCUAAUGCUGUAGCAGACAGCAGGGUGUUAACGGAGUGUACAGGGCAGUAUUGUUGUACAUAGCAAACUGAAUGGUGAACCCUCCUCCUGCUCUUUCUGCAGCCAAAACAGAGCGCUCCGUUUGUCUCACCCACACGUGUGUGUAUGUCUGUGGGAGCUUGAGAUAAUGUCAAAGCUGAAGUGACUGCGGCCUAUGUUAUCUGGCUUGGCUUCCUUCCCUACAGUGAUGGAGUCUCCUGCUUCCUUGUGCCCGCUUGAUUCAAGACAGUACAAAGGGCGGCUCUGUUUUGACCUUCUCAACAGAGCAGCCCGAGCUCUGAGUGGGGACUGCAUCCCUCUGCUGCUUCACUUCAGGUCCUACCUUCCUUCCCAGACGCCUGCUUCUUGGUCACGCUCUGGCAACCUAUGUGUCCAGUGAAAGGCACUAGAUAAGCAAGCCCCAAGGAUAUGCACCAUGCGCCGGUUCUUGCACUGAUGGCCAAAGAGUCUCCUGACAAUCUGUGACCCCAACUGUUCUGUCCUGGUGAUGAUCUUGCAGCAGAGUAGCCAUAGGAACAAGUUAACUUUGUACCAAAUGGAGAACCUUAUGUCAAAAAUCUUAUCUUUUGGGGUUCCUAUAAAGAAACUGUUACUUUCUGAACAGUAGCUGUACUACAGGGAGUAGUUAAGAAGUUCUGUUACUUCUAAAAGGUGUCAUUUGAUCUUCCCGUAGUUUGGCAGCACUAAUAAUCCUCUGUUCACAGCCUUACUUGCUUCUGCCCUGCCAAGCAUAAGAGCAGUUACAGCCAAAAUUCUUUCAGGCUAAGUGGAGUUACAGGAGAGCUGUAUGUUAAGAGCACAGCACUCAUGGUCCAAGUUGGUGUUAUUUUGUGUUUGUUCAGUAGAGCUGCUUUUAAAGAUGGUCCCAAACCAGAUUUGUAUGUUGGUAUGAUGGGUUUUUUUUGUAUGGUAAAGAUGUUCUUCCAUCUUAAACUCCCUUUGCUUUUUAUACACCCAAACCCAUCAAGAAUAGCCAUUUAAAAACUAAAUGCCAAACUUCAGACCCUUUAGAUUGUAUAAUAUUCCUCCAUGUUGAAGAGUUCUCAGUGGUCUGGCUGUUUUCUACAGGGAAAAACCUCCCUCUCUGCACUUUGUAAAGCCUGAAGCAACCCCCUCUUGUUUCCUGAGUAGCUGAGUAGUAAACCUUGGAGCAGAGGAGGGGAGUGGCUAUACCAGAAACCGGCACACCCUUCAGCCAGGAGCUCUGACAUAACUGUGAUAAACAAGCUUGUAGUUCUGAUAAAGUAUUUCAGACUUGCUGAGCUGUACUUGUAAGUGAAGCUGUCGUGAAGGAAAACUCUUUGCGUCAUUCUCAACCUGCCUCAUAAGUUAAAGGGGUUUUUGGGGGGGUUAUUUUAAUCACCUGCUUGCUGCUUCAGUUUUGAAUUGUGUUAUGGUAUCUGCCUGAUUCUGUUAUGUACUUAUUCUUUUCAGCCUUUUCACUGGGUAGGUGAUCGUGUUCCUCACUGCAACAGGCUUACUAUACCUAAGCAAUCGGUAAUCAAAGUAUGUGGCCUCAGCCUGGCAGAGCACUUGUGCAUGCAUAAUCCAAUGUGAGAAGUGCUGCUGGAACAAAACCCGCUGCUUGUAUGCUGUGAGUACAGCACAUACUUAUCUUGCUGGCCUCUCAGUAUGUAGUCCUAAAUCAGAAAGACAAGGGAACACAUAAAACACACCCAACCACCGAAUUCAGUGCAGCCUGGAAUGGAGUGGCUGCUGCAUCAUAAUUUAUUAACAUAACCUGCUGAGUAAAUGUAAAUGUUUCAUCACCUUUGUGCUUUUAAAUCCUGUUAAAGCAAAUUCUUCAUUAUGGAUGGGAAGCGUGUACAAAGCAGUCUUCACAUCUGUAUAGUUUCUUGCCAGCUCUUCUUUGAGUUGUUUACAGCUAAGAGUCCAUACUAAGCAAACAAGGGGGAAAAACCCCAAACCAACCCUGAUACGAAUUGUAUUGAAAUUCAGGCCUACUCAGUAACUCUGUAACAUAACCCUAUUUAAAAAAACAUAAGGUAGAUGUUUAAUAUCUAAAGUAUAAAGUUAAUGCAGUCUGAAUUAGCUGGGUCAUGUUCUUUCAUCCUUCAUGCAGGGCCAUGUCCUCAACCGCUGGGAAGUGAGAGUUAGAUCUUCAUUAUAUAAACCCAUUUCUGGCCAAUGAGGACUUGGAGCAAGGUAUCCAUUGCAGCCCUUCAUUAUAGCAAAUAUCCUACUGGUAAAUUCUUCUCUGUGCCUAAAACUGUAGUAAGUAAAGCCAUGUACUAAAUGAAGUUAAGAGUCUAGCUGCUAAUAACCUGUAUAUAAGUUUAGCUCUAUUUUGUGUAUCUCGUUUUGUGUGUAUAUGUUGCUGUGAUUUUAUUUUAUCCCUUUGUGUUAGAGGUAACUGUCUUGCACAAAUCUGAUAAAUCAUCUAUUAAACUGGGAUUAAACCAAUGAAGCCA